AUGGCUCUGUUUCACGCUACCUGCUGCGCUCUCGCGCUAGCGCUCACCACGGUGCUCCUCUUUGUGCCGCGUUCAGCGCUGGCGGACGUGUACAACCACGAGCUGACGCCGCUGCAGAAGCACAUCGCCUUCUUCGACAGGGACAAGGACGGCGUCAUCUACCCCUCCGAGACCUACCAAGGGUUCCGCGCGAUCGGCUGCGGGGUGGGGCUCUCCGCCUUCAGCGCCGUCUUCAUCCACGGCUUGCUCGGCCCCCGGACUGUACCGGAGAACAUGAAGGCUCCAGCUUUCAAGUUCCCCAUCUACGUUAAGUGCAUCCACAAGGGCAAGCAUGGGAGCGAUUCCGGCGUGUACGAUGCUCAAGGAAGGUUCGUUCCUGAAAAGUUUGAGGGCAUAUUCAAGAAGCAUGCCCACACCAGGCCUGAUGCCCUAACAGGCAAAGAGCUGAAUGAAAUGCUUCAAGAAAACAGGGAGCCUAAUGACAUAAGAGGACGGGUGGGUGGCUACACAGAGUGGAAACUUCUCUACUCGCUGUGCAAAGACAAGGAUGGGUUUCUUCACAAGGAGACUGUUAGGGCAGUCUAUGACGGCAGCCUGUUUGAGAAGAUGGAGCGGGAGAGGAAGGAAGUUAGGGAAUCUGCGAAGAAGAAAUAA